GACCGAAUUUAUACGGACGAAGGUCGAAGCCGAAGAAUCAAUUUGUUUAAAAAUGUUUACUGUUCUCCCCCGAAUCACAAGCUUAUCUACUAGAGCUUUUUCUUGCUUGACCACCUAUGGAAAUAAAACUUUUGUAAAAUCAAGUUGUAAAAGUGGAGCCUUAUCAUCAUGCUGGUCCUCCUGGUCUCUGAACGAUUCAUGGCUUAUUAAGUUCAAUCAAAAGAAUAGCAAUACAGAAAGAUAUUACUCCAGUGAUGAAUCAUUACCUCUGGUUACAAGCAGAGAACUACUUCACUCUGAUCCAACAUUAGAACCUGUUCAAGCAUGGCUAGAAACAAUGAAUUCACUUGAAGACAACAAACUUGGUCUCAUAGAUCUUCAUCCACAUGUCUUUGCUACAUUUCCUAGGAUAGAUAUCUUACAUAGGAAUGUUCUAUGGCAGAGGAAUUACAAGAGAAUAAGUUUAGCCAAUGCUAAAACCAGGGCAGAGGUAAGAGGAGGUGGAAGGAAACCGUGGCGACAGAAGGGUACUGGUCGAGCUAGACAUGGUAGCAGAAGAUCACCUAUCUGGGUUGGAGGUGGUAAAGCAUUGGGGCCAAGAGGUCCUAGAAGUUACUGGUAUGUAUUACCUAAUGAAAUAAGAGCUCAUGGUCUGAGGGUUGCGCUCACUGUCAAAUUGACCCAAGACGAUCUUCAUAUAGUAAACUCACUUGACAUCCCAUCAGCUGAUCCUGGGUACCUGCAAGAUCUAUGCAAGGAACGUUACUGGGGAGAAUCAGUGCUCUUUGUAGAUGUCCAGGAUGUUGAAGAGAUGCCCCUCAAUUUCUUAGAAGCCAUGAAUGGUAUCAAGACAUUUAAUGUCUUAUCCGCUGAAGGUCUGAAUGUGUACAGUAUGUUGAAACACAAGACAUUGGUUCUUACCCUUGACACAGUCAAUCUUCUAGAGAAGAGAUUACUUCAUUACAUGCAUAGUUACAAAAACACAAAGCUUAACAAGAAUCUACCAAUAAUGGAAUCACAGCUAGGUCUAGAUUCAUACCAUCAGAAAGAGAGGUUUCAAGAGACUGAAGUUUAACCCAUCGCAGCAUCCCUUGAUUUGCACAAGAACCUAACAAUUCUGUAAACCAGGGAGAGAUCUGUUCUUCAAUAGACUGAAUUCCAACCUGUAUAAGACUUCAGCAAGUGCGCUAAGUAUAUGAGGGAUCUAUAAAUUGUGUCGAAUUCACCUUGUUUUUAUGUAAUUUUCCCCUUGGUUUUAGAUUUUCUU